GUAGAUAACUCUUUCUAUUCUUCCGGUGUUUCACAGUAUGGUGUUUUAAUUUAAGUUUGACUAAAAAAAUACUCGAAAAUGAGAGUUGAAAAGUGUUUUUUCUGUUCAUCUCCUAUGUAUCCAGGCCACGGAAUACAUUUUGUUAGAAACGACAGCAAGAUAUUUAGAUUUUGUCGCUCAAAGUGUCAUAAGGCGUUCCAGAAGAAGCGCAACCCACGCAAGGCUCGCUGGACUAAAGCAUUCAGGAAAGCUGCUGGAAAGGAACUUACAGUUGAUGCAUCUUUAGAGUUUGAGAAGAGGAGAAAUGAACCUGUAAAAUACAAUAAAGAAUUAUGGCAGAAUACAGUGAAAGCAAUGAAAAGAAUUGAAGAAAUUAGGACAAGAAGACAAAAUCAUUUCAUUGCUAAUAGAUUAAAAAAAGGAAAAGAGCUCAGAAAAGAAGCAGACAGAAGGGAAGUGGAAAAAAAUAUACAUCUUAUCAAGUCACCUGCAGCUGGCCUCAAACAAAGAAAACAAAUGGUGGAAGUGGUCAUGGAACGGGAUGUGGAGGAGAUGGAGUCAAAUUAAAGACAUUAGUUGAUACACUGACUAAAAUUACAAGAACACUGGAACAUCAAGUGCUUACAAUUUGUUUGGCAACACCAGUAAUCGCCAGAACACCACUUGGGAUUGAAAUAAAACACCUUCAAUUUUU